AUGUUUUCAUCUCGGACGAAACCAACAGAACAUGAACCUAGUUUCAACUCAGCAAAGUUAUCCCUAUUUCAGAAGGGACUCAAGCUUAUAAAUGAUUUCCAAGUUGAUGUUUUUAUAAUGGUAUCAGAACAGAACAAACUUGGAUGCGAAUAUGUUGGUACAGACAAUUUUCGUAAGCAGUAUUUGACAUUAGGACUGAGAGCUGACCCAAAAGAUGUUAAUGUUCAAAUCCUAAACCCAAACUCUUGUGCUGUGUUGCAGCAUAUUAGCGACCAAACAAAUAUGGUUGCUAGGGAAACAGUCGCACAUCAGGAGUAUAGCAAUAUGGAUGUAAAUAGAAGUCGAAAUGCUGAAGUGGAUAGAAAGGUGGUUUUGAGGAAUAAAAAGGCAAAAAAUGAUGAAGAGAAUAAUGAUAAUUCUAAAGAUGAUAGAGAUGAUAGUUGUAAUAGUAAUGACAUAUGUGAUGAAAAAAACAAUGACUAUUCUAAAGUUGACAGAGAUGAUAAAGAAGAUGAUGACAAUCUAACAUUUUGCAAAGAUGAUGAUACUGAUACUUGUAGUAGUCAUGGCAUCCUUGAUAAUGAAGAUAAUAAUGAAAAUAAUAUUGAUAAUGAAUCGGUGACAAAUUUAAAUGAAGAAACAUGUACCAGUAUGCAUGAUGAGAAAGAUUGUUUUAAGCCUGAGAACGUUCACAAGGCUGAUGAAACAAAACUAUUAAAAACUACCAAAAAGCCAAAUGCAAGACAGAAGAGGUCAACAAGUGAUACUAGUAAACCACCCAAAAAAAGGAAUUAUAGGAAGCGUAGGACUUCUGAAGAGGCUGCUCAGAAACCCCUGCAGUUAAGAAAACUGAUGGAAGAAUCACGGAAAGAACGACCAUUUGUAUGCUUAAAAUGUGGAAAGAAUUUUGUCAUCAGUUCAAGUUGGAAAAUUCAUGUUUCACGAAAUACGUGUUCAGAGCGCAAGUGUAGAUUCUGUACAACUUCAAGCAUGAUGUAUACAGAUUAUAUUGAACACAUGCUAGACAAUCAUGCAUCCCACAUGGAUAUUUACCACUGCAGUAUUUGUCAAAAGGAGUUCUUACAUAAUAAAGUCUAUAAAAGACAUUUACAUCAAGCACAUGGCAAAAAGCAUGAAUUCUUUAAAUGUGAUAUCUGCGAUCGUCAAUUCUACCACAAGUCGAAAUUGCUAAAUCAUAAACUAUCGCAUCAGGAAAAAAGAUUUGCUUGCUGCUUUUGUGACAAGAAAUUUGUGACUGAGAAAUUGGUGAUAAGACAUCAAAAUCAUCACAGUGCUGGAAAAAAAUAUGAAUGUGAUUUAUGUAACAAGUUUUUUGUUAGUUCGGAGAGCCUUGGAUGUCACAGGCAUCUGAGACAUCAAAUCAACAAUAAGUUUGUUUGCCAUCAAUGUGGGAAAGGAUACCAUGGAAAGAGUGAACUGGAAUUCCACUUAAGCUCUGCUCAUAACCAAUUUGAUAGACUAUAUCCAUGCGAUCAAUGCAACAAACUGUUCAAACAUGAUCGAUUACUGAAAGCACAUGUCAAAGUCGUUCAUUCCAUCGAACCAGCACAGUGUGAAGUCUGUGGAAAGCAGUUUCAAAACCGAUAUAGGCUAAAGUGUCACAGUUUAGGUCGCUAUUCCAAAGACGUUGUUGUUGUUGUUGGGAACGUGUCUGUUUCUUUAUUUUCGCAUGACUUAUUUCGAUGCGGCGCCAUAACUGUCUAA